AUGUCAAGAGUAUUCCUUGAGGAGGCCGAUCGCCCGCCUCCCGCAUAUUAUCAAAAUAAUAAUUCAGAUGAACAGAAGCCGUUGAAGAUUGUUCCUUUUCAGACGCCUGAUCCAGAAAAAUGGAUAAGCGCUCCAGAAUUCGUUCCGCGGUCUAAACAACUAGCCGACGCAUUUGGAUUCCCGACAACUGAUUUUGAGAAUCAGAAUAUUCAAGAAACUGUUCCAUUUGAUCCAAAUUUUUACGAUUACUCACUUCCAUUUUCAUCUCAAACAAUGCCUCCUCCUGCUCCAUUCAAUGGAAUUCCUCCAGGAUAUACAGCUAAUAUGACAACUAUUAAUCCUGGCAACGGUCCACCGAUCGCAGCUAUUUUGCUCCGAAAGAAGAGAAAAAGACGCUCAAAACAUUCAACAAACUCAAUGGUCAACACGCAUUCAACAUCUCCAUGUUCCUCUCAUCCAUCAGAUCCAAAUGGAGAUAUCUCAUCUUGUGAUGAGUUUCAAAAGAAUUCAGAUGCAGACAAUUUCAGUGGAUCGUGCCCAGAUUUAACUGCUCAACAAAUUCAAAAAUGGGAUGAUUAUCUUUACGAAACUGCAAAAAAUGUGAAUGAAAAUGGGAUUCUUCACGAGAGUACUGGAGAAAGAACAUCUGAAGACUUGAGUUCUUCUGUCUAUGAGAUCGCUGCACCUGGACUUCUGGAGACUGCUGCUCAGACUAUUUCGGGAACUUCAAACAAAGAAUUACAAAAAUUGGAUCAAGAAAUCAACGGAAACGUGAUGACGUCAUCAAUGGUUUUGAGAAAACUCGCGAAUCACACAUUCAUUUCCGAUGGAUGCACGGAGAAGACGUUGGAACAAGAGAUGAAUGAAUUGACAUUCAGAAAACCUGUUGUGCCGCAGAGAUAUGGAUAUCCACAAAUUGAAAGUAAUGUGUCUCCGUAUGUUCAUCUAGCAACAAUGGAUCCGAAAAAGAAGAAAGUUACGAAUCAUCUAAUUGAUAAGGAUGCUUUGAAAGCUUAUCUAGAUGAAGAAGAUGAAGAAGAGGAAGAUUUUCUGGAAGGACUCAACAUAACCGUCAAUAAUUUUGACACUUGCGAGGAUUUGAGUCUCUCGGAUGUGGAACAACCAUCAAGAUUUCAACAGUUUCAAGACGCAAUUCGAAAGAAUACGGUAGUGAUUGCAACGGAUUUACAGGCACCGGAUAGACAGUGUUGCACUAUUAUGUAG